AUGAGCCAAAACCAGAUCGCUAGCGAAAGACUCAGACACCUUGCGUCGCACUUGAAUCCCAACCCAGCACGUUCACACGUUCACAUACACGGAUUAGUUGCUCCCGUGAAACCCUACAGGAUUGCUGUUAUCGGGUCAGGUAACUGGGGUACGACUAUUGCCAAAGUUUGUGCUGAAAAUGCCAGCUCUAGACCAAGAAUCUUUGCCCAUCAUGUGAACAUGUGGGUAUUCGAAGAAAAAAUCGAUGGGGUCAACUUGACGGAAAUCAUAAACACCAAGCACGAAAAUGUGAAAUAUUUGCCAGGAGUGAAGCUCCCAACCAACCUCAGAGCCAAGCCUAGUAUCAUAGAUACCGUUGAGGAUGCAGACUUGAUCGUUUUCAACUUGCCCCACCAGUUUUUGCCCAAGAUUUGUAAACAAUUGAAGGGACACUUGAAGCCUAACGCUAGAGGGAUCUCUUGUUUGAAAGGUUUGGAAGUUACGCCAAACGGAUGUAAGUUGUUAUCUACUUACAUUACAGAAGAAUUAGGAAUCGUGUGCGGAGCCCUUUCUGGGGCCAACUUGGCUCCAGAAGUUGCCCGUGGUAAGUGGUCUGAAACUACCGUUGCCUACAAGGUACCUGAAGACUUUGAAGGCCCUGGUAAGGAUAUCGACCACCUCGUCUUAAAAGCUGCAUUCCAUAGACCCUACUUCCAUGUCAAUGUCAUUGACGAUGUGGCUGGUGUCUCUGUAGCUGGUGCAUUGAAGAAUAUCGUUGCUCUUGCUGUCGGAUUCGUAGAAGGUUUGGGAUGGGGUGAUAACGCCAAGGCUGCCGUUAUGAGGGUUGGUCUCUUGGAAACUAUCAAGUUCUCGAAGGAAUUUUUCCCAGAAUCCAAACCUACCACAUUCACUGCUGAAUCUGCAGGUGUAGCUGAUUUAAUUACAACGUGUGCCGGUGGUAGAAACGUAAAAGUUGGUAGAUACAUGGCUGAAACUGGUGAUAGUGCUGCGGUAGCUGAAAAGAAAUUGUUAAAUGGUCAAUCCUCACAAGGUAUUCUUACUGCUAAGGAAGUCCAUGAAUUAUUGGAAGCCCAGGGAAGAACUGAAGAAUUCCCAUUGUUUGAAGCCACUUACCAAAUUAUCUACGGAAGUGAGUCCAUUGAAAACUUGCCAAACUUGUUGGAAUAA